AGUAAAAUAAAUUAGAAAAACAAAAUUCGAAAUUUGCCAAAAAAAAUGUCACGGCGACCUGGCGAGCCCGUCGAGGAUGUUGAAGCUGUUGUGCCUCUGGAAGCGGUGGGAUCUUCAGCGACUGCUGCCAAUGUCGAGACCUGGAACCCGGAGAAGGCUUGUAAGUUUUGCAGGGACCUGCAGGACAACGAGGUGCAGACCUUGCACUACCUGGGCCUGCCGUACGUGGUCCUGGCCCGGCGACCCCGGCUCCGGGUAAAGGUGCCCCUGUCCACCAUCAACUACGAGAUCGGCCAGUGGGUGGGCAUUGCCAUGCAGCUGCUCUUCACCUGCCCGUCCAACUAUCCCAUGCAGCGGCCCCUCGUGGAGAUCGUGGAGAAGCGCAACGUGUCGAUCGCGCUGGAAUGGGCGCUGCACGAGGAGAUUGUCCAGAGUCUGGAUCAGCAUAUAGGCCUGCAGAUGAUAGCACCGGUGACCAUACGCCUGCAGACUCUGCUCAACAGCCAGCGAUUGGGACAGCCAGCCACGAUGCCCUAAAUCUAAAGUCCUUCUGUUCGCGUGCAACGUGCAACAUGCCAGCUCCAGUACGAGGCAAACACACACGGCUAUCCAAAUGCGGCUUAUUGAAACUAGAAAAGACCAGAUCUACACACUAUACACACAUAUGGCAAAAUAUAUAAAUAUAAGUGGGAUUUUUGUGCUAGUGCCAUGGACGGUGGUAUCGGUGGAUCCCCGGCCAAAGGACACGCCCGGCUUGGCCAGUAGAUCUGUGUGGCUAUAGAUUAUAGAUAUAUGAACUUGGUACUGGCUCUCUCUCCCACAUCCUUUCUGGGCGUCCUGCAAUUACGUGCACAAACAUAUUUGUACUCCCGCUGGCGCAGAAUGGCACGAAAAAUAAAAGGAGC